ACUCAUGACUCAUUAUCCAACUCGAGACGGGUCUUCUGUCGAAAAAAAUGGACUCAUACACUUCAUUACUAGAGAAAACCCGGGUUGCCCAACCGUCCUUCCAAAAAUUCGCCGUAAUCUCCAUCUUCUCGAAGCUUCGAACCGCUCCAGUUCACCUCGGACCGGAUUCCAUUCCGGGAACCCAAGCCAUCUCCCAAUGCCUCCAGUCCUCGUCCCCCGCCGUUGUCGACCAGUCAGUUCGCGAGCUCUGCCGCCUCGUUUUGGACUUCAAACUGGACCUGUCUCGGGCCUUGGUGGAUCUCCAAUCAGCAUUGGAAGGAUCCGACCCAAAAUUCGCCUCAAUCUUCGUGAAAUCAUUAGGCUUCCUCGUUCGCAUCGGGUUCGAACGUAGUAACGGGUCGUGGAAACCCGAGUCCCAUGAAGAUCACCCAUUCAUCAAGAUUCUUUCGAGUCGGAGAGAGGUUGAAUCGGAACUUGUGAAUCAAAUUUUGUUAUUUAUGGCAAAAAAUAAGGGAUUGGGAAUGGUCAAAGUCUGCGAAUUCUUGAGACCUUUUUUGAACUUUUUGAUUAUAAGAAUACCUUUCUCGGAUUCUUCAUUAUUCUUGUUUGUUAGACAGUUAAUUUCAUCAAUGGCAUCGUUUUGCUGUUCAAUUUGUAACGAGGCAAUGCCAAUUUUCAGAUUACUUAUAAAUUGCCUGAAAUUUUUCCCUCUCAAAAGCUUAGAGGAGACCAGGAAUUUUAGUUAUGUAGCUGAAUGUGUGGUUGACUCGUUUGUGGUGGUUUUGAGGCAAUUGGUUGGAAAAGGAUUGCAGUUGAUUACUGAAGCUCAAUUAUAUGGGGUGGAGUUAAUAGAGAAUGUGCUUUCACUCCAUACAUCUCCUUACAAGCAGUCCGGUGGGACUGAGCCUAUAGUUGAGUUAUUAAAGCACAUGUUGGCUGCCCAGAAAGAUCUUGCACUGCAAUACAUACCGGAACUAUCAUCAGUAAUACUAUCCUUAUCUGUUUUACUCAUUGAAUCUGAGCUUGAACAUGAACAGCUCUCAAUAUUGAAAUUUCUCCACUUUCUCUUGAAGUGGAAAGGUGAAACUGAAUAUGUCGUUGAUGGAGCUGAAUAUUUACUUAGUGAAGAGCUUUUAGUUAUAUUUCCCAUCAUCAACCUCAUUUCAUCUCCCUCUAAAUCAGUUAAGGGAGCAGCAAAUGAUUUGCUUGUCCUUUUAGAAAGGCUUUUAGUAAAGUUAUUGACGACUCCAAAGAUUGAGCUAGCCAAGAAGAGGGGCUAUCCAUCUAUUAGCAGACCUGAACUGAUAGCUUACAGGCUUUUGCAACAUUUAUGGUUUCAGGAUCAAUUUUCAUUGUCCAGUUCUUUUUUUAUAUGUUUCACUUCUGUUCGUGAAACUGAUGUUGAAGAACUGCAUGGUGGACCAAGAUCUUGGGCUUAUCACCUAAAAGAGCUUGCUUUAUGGAUUGUUGAGAGAAGAAAAUCAGGUCUACCUGUGCCAAGAUCUCACGAAAUUUUUCUGACUGAAAUGCCCUUGCUACUUGGAGCAAUUGCUUCUGUUUUGGUGAUGCAUCCAUCGCAUGGGAGUGCUGCUAUAGAUGCUUUGGCUUCUAUUGGAAUUAUGGAUCCAAAACUGGGUGUUCCUUUGUUGCUAGCCAUUCUAUUUUAUAAUAACAUAUUCACCAGAAAAGAUGUUGUCUACCAGAAUAUGGUGCCAAAGCUUUUGGGAAUGCUUCCAUCACUUGCAUCACAGUCUGGGAUGAUUCCACUUGUCGUUCAAACUUUCUUGCCAAUGCUGCGCAAGGAUGCAAAGCCAGUGUUGUAUGCCACAGCUACUCGCUUGCUUUGUCAAACCUGGGAGAUCAAUGACCGUGCCUUUGGAAGUUUGCAAGGAGUAUUACUUCCAAAAGGGUUCAUUGAAUUUAUGUCUGAGAGAAAUAUCUGUAUAAGUAUGGCCAUUUCCAUUCGGGAUGUUUGCAGAAAGAACCCUGAUAGAGGCGUGGACCUUAUCUUGUCUGUUUCGGCUUGCAUUGAGAGUCCAGAUCCCACAAUUCAAGCUCUUGGUUUUCAAAGUCUUUCCUACCUUUGUGAAGCUGAUGUGAUUGAUUUUUAUACUGCAUGGGAUGUUAUUGCAAAGUAUGUGGAAGGCUAUCACGAGGACCCAGUUCUUGCCUAUAGUGUCUGCCUUCUUUUAAGAUGGGGUGCAAUGGAUGCUGAUGCAUAUCCAGAAGCCUCAAGGGAAGUAUUGAAGAUUGUAUGGGGUGUUGGGUGCUCCUUACAGAUAGGUCAUAAUUUACAAUGGGCAAAGGCAAAGGCCUCUGCAUUCGAGGCCUUAACCAAAUAUGAGAUACCAAGUAGUGUGAAUAAUAUUUCAAAUUUUAAGCAUAUGGUCAUGGAUCUGCUUCUUUCUGAGACAAAUCCAGAUGUACUUAAGGCUUUGGAAGGACUUCAAAUCAAAAUUAUAGGACAUGAGCAUAGCAACCGGCAAAGAUUUGUAAAGGAGAAAAAGGUUCCAGCAAGUAAGAUUGAGAAGCUGUUGGAUGUCUUUCCACGGGUUAUCUUCUCUUCAGGAAAAGUAAGUAAUGAUGGAGAGCUACCUGGUGCAGCCUUAUUAUCUGGUUCCUUUACUUCUAACAAUUUGAGAAGCCAAGGCACAGCAAGAGGGUUGCAAGAUUCCCAUUCUGGAUAUGAAGAUAUGAUGGUGCAAAUAGCUGCAUCUCUUCAACUGUCAAGAAACAUUUUUGUUGCACUUCUUUCACUGCAAUCAUGGAAAGCCUUUGUGCGACGUUGGAUGAGGGCUAAUAUCUUGUCCAUUGAUGCUAAAGUCUUGGUUAUUGUUUCAGAUAAAACUUCUAAAGCUGCUAGUGAUAUUCUGAAGAGCAUGAUGCGAGUUGCAGAAGAAUCUAUCCCAAGGUCUGCUGAAAAUAUUGCAUUGGCAAUUGGUGCACUUUGUGCGGUCUUGCCACCAUCUGCCCAUACCAUUAAAUCAACUGCUUCAAAGUUUCUGUUGGGUUGGUUGUUUCAGUAUGAACAUGAACAUUGCCAAUGGUCAGCUGCCAUGUCUCUUGGAUUGGUCUCAAGUUCCUUACAUGUGACAGAUCAUAAGCAGAAAUUUCAGAACAUUAGUGGACUUCUUGAGGUUUUGUGCUGUAGCAAAAGCUGCCUUGUAAAAGGAGCAUGUGGAAUUGGCUUGGGAUUUUCCUGCCAAGAUCUUCUUUCAAGAGUUGAAGCUACAGAUGACUCUAAUGCCAAUGAAGAAAACCCCAAGAUGCAGGAAGAGAGAUUGUUAGGUAGAAUAGUUAGAACAUUAUCUCAAAUGUUAUGUCCAGUUGCCGACUUUUCAGCCAAUGCUCUAGAAAGUCUCUCUGCACAUUUUCCAGCCAGCAGAGAUGAUAUAGUUACUAGUAUAACUUCUGAGUUGUUAGAUGGUAAUUGUGAUGACUUGGAGGAUGAUAUAUGGGGCAUAUCUGGUCUUGUCAUUGGUUUGGGGAGCUCUAUUAGUGCAAUAUAUAGAGCUGGCGCAUAUGAUGCUGUGCUCAAGGUGAAAGAGUUGAUCAUAUCGUGGAUUCCUCAUAUGAAUUCCUUGGUACAAAAUUUUGGUUCAAGCAGUGAAAAAUCUGAGAUGCUUUUAUCAGUAGGAUCCUGUCUUGCACUACCCUUUGUGGUGGCUUUUUGCCAAAGAGUGGAAAUGGUAGAUCAUAAUGAACUGGACCAUCUAGUCAAUGGCUACAUGGAGCUCAUUUCUGAGUUAUUGUCUGUUAAUAAAUCUGGCACCUUUCACAAGAGUUUGUUAAUGGCAUCAACCGCUGGAGCUGGAAGCCUAUUAGCAUGCAUAUUAAGUGAAGGCGUGCACUUUGUUGAAGUGGAACGUGUAAAACGCUUGCUUGAAUUGUUUAGAAAAUGUUACUCUAGUCCUUACCCUCCUAUUAUCCAUUUAGGUGGGAUGUUUGGAGUUGUUAAUGCUUUGGGGGCAGGUGCUGGAAAUUUAGUUGAUUUUCAUCCUUUAAACUCCUCUGUUCAUACUGGUUAUGAUCAAAAGGAACAUUCUUAUAUUUCGGGUCCCAUACUUGCGAAUCCUGUUUGUGAAGAGCACUCAACAUCAUUGAUGCAAGAGAUUUUUCUUAUUGCACAAAAUUCUGAUAACCAACAACUGGAACAAAAUGCAGCGUGGGCAGUUUCAUUUCUUCGAUAUCAACUCUGGUCCAGAGAAAUAUUAAAUAGUGCUAAUGGUACACAAACUGAAUCUGUAGGCUCAAAAUCUGUUUCACAAGGUGUUCCUGAGGACAGUGCUGUCAUGAAGCUUGGUCUGUGGCUUAAAUCUUUUAAUCACACUGUGACAGGUACCAGCAUGCAUAUAUGCACAGUAGCCACUAUUUUAAGGUGCCUAUCACUAGCUCCCAGGUUACCAACCUUGGAUUGGGGUGCGAUUGUUAGACGCUGUAUGAGAUAUGAAGCUCAAGUCACUGGGUUGCUGGCAUCAGAUAUAGCCUGUAAGGAAGGAAGCCUAAGGGAGGAAUGCUUGCAGUUUGCCUUGGUCCAUGCAAAGCAAUUUGAUACUCUCCUAACAUUCCUUGAUGAGCUAUCUGACCUUUCUAGAUUCAGGACACUUGAGCUAAAUCUCCAAUCUUGUCUGCUCAGUCAUCUGGCUGACCUGAUAAAAUUAUUCUCAGGUUCAAGGCUGGAGAAAUUAUUGGAUGAUGUGAGUAAUUACUUGUCUUCAGUUACAUCAGACCAAGUACAUGAUUCGGAGCAGAAAAGUUCAUUACGAAUUUCUUGCUGGAAGGGUCUCUAUCAGUGUCUGGAUGAAGCAUCUCUUGACACUGUAGAAUACAUUAAAAAUAUUGAAAGGUGCAUGGAAAUGCUUUUUUCUUUGUUACCCACACCUCAAUCUCCUGCUUUUAUGGAAGUGAAUCAGUUGAAUUCGGUUGAGUGGUCUGAGGCAGUUAGAUGCUUGGCAAAGGGUCGGCAGGGCUGGUUAUUAGAUUUUCUGCAGGUUUCACAUUUGCAUUCAGUACAAAGAGAUAUCCAGUUUGUAGAAGUGCUAAGAAAGAUUCAAGCUAAAGCCAAGCUAGUUAGGAUCGGUUCCAUUCCACUGAUCGAGCUGGGAAAAAUAAAAUCUUAUUUAUUGAAUUCAGAAUCACUUGGCACCUGGGGUGUGCUUCUUGAAGUUGUAGCAACUUUGCAACAUUCAGAAGGAAAUGUUAAAAGACAAUGGCUGGUUGAUGCGGUGGAAAUCAGUUGUGUUUCGAGUUAUCCUACCACGGCACUGCAGUUUCUUGGUCUUCUAUCUGGUAGCUGCUGUAAAUAUAUGCCUCUUCUUAUUCUUGAUCGAUCGUCUGUUCUGAAUGAUCUGCCCGUUACCCUUACUUCUCUUCUCUCAGACCCCAAUUGGGAAGUCAUUGCAGAAACCUUUACCUCUUAUCUUUUGACCUCGACAGAACGAAUUUACAGUUGGGCUAUAAAAUUAUCAUCGGGUGAUGAUACACCCAGCUCACAACCUAUUGACGACAGUGAAAAUGAUAUGGCUCCGAUUCUGUUGCGUGUGAUGCAUCAUACUUGUGUUUCUUUGAAAGAUUAUUUGCCACUGGAGAAGCAGCUUAGACUCGCAAACAUGCUGCUGGUGAUUUGAGGUACUGCCAUUGGAGUGAGGAGAAAAAUACCCAUAAAAAUCAAUUUGAAAUAUGCAGAAGCUUAUUUGAUCUUGUUGUAUGAUAUGAGUUUCUAUCGCUCACUUUUUCUCCA